AUGAGUCAUUCAAGUAAAAGCACGUGCUACCAAGACAACAAACAAAAGAACACCAAAUUGAAACAGGAGUCUACAAAUUCUAAAUACUAUUAUGUCCACUCUUGUCUUAGUUAUUUGGCAAUGAAGAAGAAAUAUUCUUUCAUUGUCCUCAACAAUAAAAGAACAAACUUUAAGAUGGCUCCACACUUUGAAAUUGCUAACAUCUUUGAUGAGCAGGGAAAAUUAGUUUUCGACUCUAACGAGAAAUAUUUUGUUGAAAACUCAAACAUUGUCUUUGACUCUGAUGGAUUACCAAUAAAGAAAAGUUCAUUAUUCAAUACAUCAGAGUGUGUCACUAUAUCUGAAAGCAAAGGAGUUGAAGAAAUGAACAACAAUGACAAAUUGCUGUAUUUAAUGAACUUCAUGAAUUACAAAAUCAAUUUUUUCUUCCCAUCAGAAAAACAGAGUAAAACACAAACACGGACAGCAAAAGAUACAAAGAAACUGUCAAGCAUCAGACUGUUAUAUAUUCCGUCCUACAACAUCAAAAUAUCCAAUUUUGAAUUGAAAAAGAGACGUGAGACUGAAAAAGACGAUGGGAAAUGUGGUCUUCAGUUUUUUUCAAAAAGUUUCAAAACUAUGAAAAUCAAAAGCAAAACUCGUAAAGGCGACACGGCGAUAUUCUUAGGUAACAUCCCUCAGUCAUAUAACAAGCAAUACUCUAACAUCAAACGUGUGACACUUGAAGACUAUGAAAAGGAAAUUAUCAGUACCAAAAUGAACAUAAGUGUGAUGACGUCAUCGACAGAUUCAACUGUAGACAAUGUGAUAAACAGCGAAGAUAAGUCAAUGGUCUGUGAUUAUGAAGAUAAAGACAUAGUCAAAGAAGAAGAAAUAGAUGGGAUUAAGAGUGUUGAAAUUAAAGAAGAAAUAACAAGCCAAACCAUCACUUGUUCUUCACCACAAGGCAUUUCCACAGAUAUCAUACAUGAAAACGUAACACUGCCAAUAUACUAUGUCCCAGUCGCCAUUUCAGUUGUGAACAACACACCAUUUGCCAUUCCUAUGUUUGACAUGAAUUAUUUCAACACCAUUCAACCAUGUUAUUUCAAUAUAAAUCAACCGAGUCUUAAUUCUGUUGAUGAAUAUUCAAUUGAUGGUUUCAAUAACACUCAAAAUUGUGCUGAUGUGAAUAAUUAA